ACCACUGAGUAUUGUCCACGCCCCCUCCAGUGUUGGUUGUCGUUUGACAGCCACCAAAGUUUCCUGAGAGUCUCCUGAACUGUGACUAUCCUAGCCUUUGAAUCUUUAUUUUAGGCUUCAUUUCGACCGAUCCCUCUGGAUUUACCCUAAUGAUGGAAUAAGAAGUAAUCAUGGUGGUGAAUUCAGUGCACUGGUUUCGCAAAGGUCUGCGUUUGCAUGAUAAUCCGGCGUUGCAGGAGGCCCUGAAUGGAGCGGACACAGUGCGCUGUGUUUAUAUCCUGGACCCGUGGUUCGCUGGCGCAGCUAACGUGGGAAUCAACCGAUGGAGGUUUCUGCUGGAGGCUCUGGAGGACUUGGACAGCAGUUUGAAGAAGCUCAACUCCAGAUUGUUUGUAGUCAGAGGACAGCCCACUGAUGUUUUCCCAAGACUUUUUAAGGAGUGGAAAGUGACCAGGCUGUCGUUUGAAUAUGACCCAGAGCCUUAUGGGAAGGAGAGGGAUGGAGCCAUUAUCAAGAUGGCCCAAGAGUUUGGAGUGGAGACUGUUGUCAGAAACUCACACACUCUCUACAACCUGGAUAGGAUAAUAGAGAUGAACAACAACAGUCCUCCGCUGACCUUUAAGCGCUUUCAGACCAUUGUGAGCAGACUGGAGUUGCCCAGGAGACCCCUGCCUCCCAUCACCCAGCAGCAGAUGGACAAAUGUCACACCAAAAUAGCUGACAACCAUGACCAGCUAUACAGUAUACCUUCACUGGAAGAACUAGGUUUCAGGACAGAGGGUUUACUGCCAGCUGUGUGGAAAGGAGGAGAGUCAGAGGCCUUGGACAGACUCAAUAAACAUCUGGACAGAAAGGUGUGGGUGGCUAACUUCGAGCACCCUCGGGUCAACACGUGCUCUCUUUAUGCCAGUCCUACCGGCCUCAGCCCAUACCUGCGUUUCGGCUGUCUGUCCUGUAGAGUUCUCUACUACAACCUCAGAGAGCUCUACAUGAAGCUCCGUAAGCGUUGCAGUCCACCUCUGUCCCUGUUCGGCCAGCUGUUAUGGAGGGAGUUCUUCUACACCGCCGCCACCAACAACCCGAACUUUGACCGCAUGGAGGGAAACCCCAUCUGUGUCCAGAUCCCAUGGGAUCAGAACCCCGAGGCACUGGCCAAGUGGGCUGAGGGUCGGACUGGUUUCCCCUGGAUCGACGCCAUCAUGACCCAGCUGAGACAUGAGGGCUGGAUCCACCACCUGGCCCGACACGCUGUGGCCUGUUUCCUCACCAGGGGAGACCUGUGGAUCAGCUGGGAGAGCGGCAUGAGGGUGUUUGAGGAGCUGCUGCUGGAUGCUGAUUGGAGUGUAAAUGCUGGCAGCUGGAUGUGGCUGUCCUGCAGUGCCUUCUUCCAACAGUUCUUCCACUGCUACUGUCCUGUCGGCUUUGGAAGGAGAACUGACCCGUCAGGAGACUAUAUCAGGCAUUACAUCCCGAUCUUAAAAGACUACCCAAACCGCUACAUUUAUGAGCCCUGGAAUGCCCCAGAGUCAGUCCAGAAGGCAGCCAACUGUGUGGUGGGAGUGGAUUACCCCAAACCAAUGAUCAACCAUGCUGAGGGCAGCAGGCUCAACAUCGAGAGGAUGAAACAAGUUUACCAGCAACUCUCCCAUUACAGAGGACUUAGUCUACUAGCAUCAGUACCAACGAUCCAGGAGGAGGCAGAGCCACCAAUGACUGAUGAGUCCCAGACCAGCAGUGGUCCUGACUCUCCUCCCAGAGGUGCUGCAGACGGUGAAGACACUGGCUGCUCUAUAGCUCCUGAUUCCUCCACAAUCUGUGCAUCCUCCAACACUGCCCCACAUCCAGAUCUGGAGGAGGCAGCAACCAGUCACCCAUCCCAAACAGCCUGCACCUCCUCAGGCUCACAUGGACAGCACCCUGCAGCCAUAACCUCUACAUCUGCAGGCCACCCACCAGCCACAGCAGCUCCUCCCUCCCCAGCCUCGACACAGGCCCAGAGCCCUCUGUCAAGGUCCAAACCCUCCUCCCCUUCCUCCUCAUGUCCCGCCUUGUCCCCAACCACAAGUCCAGCCACGACCCUCACUCAGACCUCCUGUCUAGGGCCGAGGAGGAAAAGCCUCACCCGCAAGGUGCGACGCAGUCAGAGGCAGCGAGGACGGCAGAGCUGCACUCCAGCACCCAGGGAGGGAGAGAGGAGAGCCGAAGAUGAAGAGAGGGAGGAAGCAGGAGGGGAGGAGAGAAUGGAGGAGGAUGUUGAGCAAGAGGAGGAGAGAAUGGAGGAGGAGACUUGUGGAGAGUUGGCAGGACAUCAGCAGUGAUAAGAGGACUUUGAGGGAACGGUUUUCAAACAUCCAUCCCGGACUACUGGACUCAUAAAGAUAUACAAGGAACAAUGUUCUGGAUAUGUGGACAACAUAAAUAUAUAUAGAAGCAUGCAUACAACACAUGUGGAAGCAGUACAGAAGCCUUUUACUCAAAUUUACUCCAGUCAGAAAAAAUGGGAAAUACUGUCUAGACAGGCAUUUAAAUAAGAGUAACUCAAUGCAAAUAAAUUAGCCAUUUUGACAACAGAACCAGUCCAGAAUGACUGUAAAUGAUUCAAAAUCAUCUUUAUUUGAGGAAGUGGAGGUCAUAAUUCUUGAAAAGAUUUAAUAUGAGUAAUCUUCUCUUGUACAAUGCCACUCCUGAGGCACACACACACACUAGGGGUGCAACGGAUUACAGAACUCACGGUUCGGAUCGUAUCACGGUUUUGAGACAU